AUUCCAUCCCCUUAUCCCAUUUUCACUCAAUUCUCCUCUGCUCUCUCACCCUCUUCAAAACUCUGCUAACAAUGGCUUCCACACUAUCCACCAUUACCCUUCGUUCUCCAUCUCACGUUGUUCCCUCAACUGCUAGCUCCACCGCAAUUCCUUUCCCCGCGAAAGCCUUAGAACUCCCACUCCGCACUUCGAAGCUCCUCCCCCACCGCCGCGCCACCUGCGUCCGCCCUCUCUCCGCCGUCGAAGCACCGGAGAAGGUAGUCACCCUCGGAGAUGAAAUCUCCAAUUUAACCCUCGCCGACGCCCAGAAACUCGUCGAAUACCUUCAAGACAAACUCGGUGUCUCCGCCGCAUCCUUUGCUCCGGCCGCCGUAGUCGCCGCCCCUGGAGGCGGCGCAGCCGAUGCUCCGGCUGUAGUGGAGGAGAAGACGGAAUUUGACGUGGUCAUUGAUGAAGUGCCGAGUAAUGCUAGAAUUGCGACAAUUAAGGCUGUUAGGGCUUUAACUAGCUUGGCUUUGAAAGAGGCUAAGGAAUUAAUUGAGGGUUUGCCUAAGAAAUUUAAGGAGGGAGUUUCUAAGGAUGAAGCUGAAGAAGCUAAGAAACAGCUUGAAGAAGCUGGUGCUAAAGUCUCUAUUGCUUAAUCGAACUUGUGCCUGCAGGAUUGCUACAAUGGCAGUUCAAAUUCACUAUGUAUGACAGAGUGUAGAAAUUUCCAAAAUAAGUUUACACUCAAAUGAAUUUGGGGAACAAAAACUAAAAUAGAAAAAAUGGGGACUAUUUUCAAUGUGUACGACUGGAAAUCGGAAGGGGUCGUUUGGUAAUGCCAACUUAGAUGCCAAUGAAGAAAGUAUACACAUUUUGUUAUUAAAAACAUAACAUCCAAUAUUACCUUUGGCUAGCAGGUGCUUGAAUUUU